AUGAAAUAUUUUCAUGUUUACUUGACGUGUCUAAUAGUGUUACUUUUCGUGCACGGAACUGUAUCUACACUCCGUCAUCGAUAUUCCUUUUUUUUUGAUGCAGAUACUGCUAGUAAAAAAUCCGAAGAAAAUAACGGCGAGGAGACCUUCUCAUAUUGGAAAAAUGAUACGGUUCGUGUUAAAGAUUUCUCCGGUGUCUAUGAAUGGAAACUUGUCGUACCCACUCACAGUUUCUUAAAGACACUUGUAGAGUCGAGAAUUUUGCCACCCCAAGCUAUAAUGGAAGAGCCUGUUUCCUGGAAAAAAGAGUGGACGGCACGUAUUCAAAUUGCUUCAGAAAAUCUCGUUCAGGUUCCACCAUAUUUUAUUACUCCAUUGCCUGGACUACAUGUGGGAAUAUCGGUUAAAAAAGAGCAAAUAGUAUCAGCGUUUAAUCCAGUUAAGAAUUCGAAAAAAAGAUGGGAUUUUGUAAAUCAACAAGACAUGGUCGAUAUUUGUAAGUUUCUAGAUGUAAUAUUUGGAAUAUUUGCUUGUGGUCACAACGAGCAAUAUAGAAAAUUGAAGUACGACACAAUAGAUCUUACGAAAUCAAUUUCUAUAAUCGACGGCGAUGAAUCUAAAGCACAUGCUGUCGAUGACGAGCAUCAAUCACCUCCUUCAUUGUUUGAUUUUGUAAUAAAAUAUGAUGAUAAGCUGAACACGCCGAUAGUUGAUUUAAGGAUCGUUUGGUGGUGUCGUGAUCGCGACAUUGAGAUAGCCAAGAGUCAUAAACUUAACAACGAAAGAGUAGAGAUCGGUCUUUUCGAGCCACCAAUUGGUGAAGAUACGUUUUUCGGUUUAAGGACGGUGAUUGGACAAGACCAAAAUAGGAUAUUACCUACAAUGGUUACAGUUCAAUCAAAAAGUUUACAUUCAGAUACAUUUGAGUUUUAUUCUUACAUAGCACCCUCGCAAAGUUUUCACCCUAAAUUUCACACUUUUAUUACAACACCCAACAAACAAUCAACUAAAUCUUCAUCAUGUCAAAAUUAUAUAAUUCAUAUUUUACCAGAAUAUUUGUUCGUCGAUCCUUAUCAAGUUCAAGAGAUCUUUGAAAAAGAUCAAAUUGGAAUUUGGGGUGAAACAGAUUUAGAAAAACCUGUUGGGACAAUAGGAUCAAAGUGUGGGAGUGUAAUUUCAAUUAAAGAAUGGGAGAAAAAUGCGCUACGAGAAGAUGAUAAUGAGGUUAAUGAUGAGGGAAAAGAGACGUCAUUAGGAGUAACGGUAGUUGAAUCCAAGUUACCUAUUCACGUGCGAUAUCAACAACCGGUGGGUCCCGGGAUAUUUGAAAGUCGCAGUCAUAUACCCGCUUUCACGGCAUGGCCAAUGGUGGUGCAAUUAUGUCAUGACAAAAAUAAUUCAGAAGAAAAUAAUUUCAAAGAAUCACCAUUCGAAUCAACACCACUACCAAUAUCACUCAUUUUCCCAAAAAAUGAUACCAAGAAACUAAAAUAUUUUCUACCUGCACAAGAUUCACCAGGAUAUUUAUCGUCACGAUGGUAUUGGCCCGUCGAACGAUUGAAUAUACCAGUGGGCCAGUUGCAACAGUUGAGCAUCGUAAAAUGGUGGUCAUUGUUAGCCUCUACUUUGGGUUUUGUGUGUAUCGUAUGGGCUCUUGGUGAGGGAAUUCGGCUCGACUACCGAGAAAAAUAUGAUUUUCGACCAUUAAGCUUUUUCUUUGGUCCCAAUUAUGGGCAUGUUGAAGUACACUUGGGUGCCACAAAGAUUUUAGCAAAAGUCUCGUGUGAAGUCACACGUCCUUAUCCGGAUCGUGGGUCUGAAGGAAUAUUAAUAUUGAAUACAGAAAUUUCGCCAAUGGCCAUACCUAGUCUCGACAUUGGAAGACCUUCAGAAGAUGAAGUGCUUGUGAGUCGUAUUCUAGAAAGAGCUAUAAAAAGAAGCAGAGCUAUCGAUACGGAAGGACUUUGCAUAGUGGCAGGUGAAAAAGUAUGGACAAUACGGGUAGAUAUACACUUUCUUGAGCAUGAUGGCAACGUAAUAGACGCCGCCUGUAUCGCUGCCCUUACUGCUCUUUCGCAUUUUCGAAGACCUGAAGUCACUCUUGUAGGGACUGAAGUCACAAUCCAUCCGGUUGAACAACGUAAUCCAGUCCCUCUAAGUGUUCACCACAUGCCAAUAUGUGUGACUUUUGCAUUUUUCGAUAAGGGUGAAAUUUUAGUCGUUGAUCCUACUUUGCAAGAAGAGCAAAUUCGUGAAAGCGACAUGACAUUUACACUAAAUGAUCACCGCGAGAUAUGUGCAUUGUCAAAAGCAGGUGGCAUAGCGUUAAGUAUGGACAAAAUCGUGUUAUGCUCGAAAAUUGCAACUGUUCGGGUGACUGAAAUUCAUGAGCAAAUUAAGAAAGCUUUGGAAAAAGAUUUGGAAAGCCGGCGAGUGCCAUAG